AUGUCCUACGAACGCGAACGCUAUAUCGCCGAGCUUGCCGUCCAGCGCGCAACCAUCCUUACGCAGAAAGUGUUCAAUGAGAAGGCCAAGGGCACCGUCUCGAAAGAUGACAAGUCGCCCGUUACGAUUGGUGACUUUGGAGCGCAGGCUCUGAUUAUCCAGGCUAUCCGCAAGAACUUCCCUAAUGAUGAAAUCGUCGCCGAAGAGGAAGCUAGCACCCUCCGCGAGGACAGGGCGCUGAGCGCCGAGAUCUGGAGACUUGUCAAGGACAUCAAGUUGGAAGAUGCCGAGAGCAACGAGGUCCUCGGUGGCACGUUACCAAGUGAAGAAGCUAUGCUGGACAUCAUUGAUGAAGGAAAGAGCGCUGGCGGUGCGAAAGGUCGGAUCUGGGCUCUCGAUCCCAUCGACGGAACCAAGGGAUUCCUCCGCGGAGGUCAGUACGCAGUCUGCCUGGGGUUGCUAGAGGACGGUGAUGUCAAGGUCGGAGCUAUCGGUUGCCCCAACCUCCCUAUCGACGAUGCUGCUACCAUCUCUUCGUCAAUUGGCGUUGACCAGAACAGUGGUGCCGGUAACGGAGUGCUCUUUUCGGCCAUCAAGGGCCUUGGGUCUGCUGCUCGGCCCUUGACAAACGGCGCUCUCGCCGAAAGCAAACCCAUAUCUAUGCGACCCGUUCCCGACAUCUCGUAUGCCGUCUUCUGCUUGAAAAAAAAAACUGGACAUUCCUCCCAGGGAGACAAUGCCGCCGUUGCCCAGCGUCUAGGCAUCACGAAACCUAGCGUGCGACUGGACUCGCAGGCUAAAUAUUGCUCGAUUGCACGAGGAGCCGGUGACAUCUACCUACGACUGCCCGUGAAGAAGGACUACCAGGAGAAAAUCUGGGAUCAUGCUGCUGGUGACCUCAUCGUUCGGGAGGCUGGUGGCCAAGUCACCGAUAUCUACGGCCAGCCAUUAGAUUUCAGCAAGGGCAGGACCUUGGCUGCAAACAAGGGAGUUGUCGCCGCUCCCAAAGCCAUUCAGAGCGAAGUGAUUGGCGCUGUCAAGCACGUCCUGAAGCUUUGA